CGCAGUGCGCGGCUAUGAUGGUCGAUCGGGACGAGGUGGGUAUGUCGCGUGUGCCAGUUUUAGUGAUCCUGGGUGCCACGGGUUCUGGAAAAUCGCGGCUGGGCAUCGAAUUGGCGCGCCGUUUCUCCGGGGAAAUCAUCUCCGCCGACAGUAUGCAGGUGUACAAGGGUCUGGACAUCGUCACCGCGAAGGUGACCCCGGCGGAGAGACAAAUGGCGCCGCACCACAUGCUGGACGUCGUGGAUCCGCUAACCAAUUUCACCGUCUUGAACUUCAGAGAAAUGGCCUUACCGAUCAUAAACAACCUGCUGGCCACGAAGAAACUGCCCAUCGUCGUCGGCGGCACGAAUUAUUACAUAGAGUCGCUGCUAUGGGAUAUCCUGAUGAAGUAUCCGAAGGAACCGCCGGCACGAGUCGACUCAAGCGCGAUCAAUCCGAGCGCGUCGCUCGAGAAUAGAUCGGACGAUCGCUGCAGCGCGGCCGAUCGGCGGAACAACGACGACGACGACGACGACGACGACGACGACGACGAUGACGACGACGACGACGACGACGACGACGAGGAUGACGACGACGAGGACGACGACGGCGACGGCGAUGAGGUGGCGCCCAAGAAGAAGUGCAAGUUCGACGCGAGGUCGAGCGACUUGAGCAACGAGGAGCUCCAUCGGAGACUGAUGCAGCUCGACCCGGAGAGAGCGCGAACUUUGCAUCCCAACGACAGGCGGAAAGUCAUCAGGUCGCUGGAGAUUUUCUACCAGCACGGGAAAACGCACUCCGAGCUGCUGAGGGCGCAACACGCCAGCAGCGGCUGCGCGCUGAGCGGACCCCUGAGAUACGCCAACUCAGUGAUCCUGUGGCUACGUUGCAACAAGGUCGCCCGAUUACACGAAAGGCAUCUUCCAGAGCAUCGGCUUCAAGGAGUUUCACGCUUACCUCACGUUGCCCGAGGAGGAGCGCGCGAGCGAGAAGGGCGAGAAACUGCUGAAACAAGGGAUCGAGGACCUGAAACUCGUCACCAGGAGGUACGCGAAGAAGCAAGACCAGUGGGUGAUGAACCGGCUGAUUCGCCGCGACGACCGACAGACUGCACCGACGUGAGCAACUGGAACAGCUGCAUCUUGGAGCCGUCGGUGGCGAUCAUUUCCGCAAUAAUGCGCGGCGAGAAGCCCGAGCAGCGGCCGCUGCUGAGCGAAGAUAUCGAGGACCAAAAGUACAGCGAUUACAACAAAAUGGAGUACAAUUAUUGCGAGGUGUGCGAGAGGGUGUUUGUGUUCAAGACUCAAUGGGACCUACACAUGAAAGGCUCGAAGCACAAGAGAGUGCUGAAGAAGAAGCAACGGGAGGCGCAGAAGGCGCUGGAGUGUCAAGCGACGGGGACACAGGAAACGGUUUUACAAACUAGUUCGUGACGGACGUCGCUUUCUUUGAUAAACCGUCUGACAAGAACGUCUGCGCGUUUGCUAUUGCGAAAGGCUAUUAAAAAACUGUGAUCGUGUAACAUUGCAUAUUUUGUCGAUAAUUGUCAAUGUGAAUAUCUUCGCGGAAAUAAACUUGUAUUUUCCUUUUCUAACUCGGCGGGUCUUCGUUACUCGUCCACGGUAAGCGAGCGGCAUCGACCACACAUCAGCGAUUGCUAACGUAGCGGCUCCGACUUUGCGUGCUUCACGACUGCUCGCAAGAGGGAUUCGGCGACGCGGCAAGUUACCGUCGGAGUCAAGUUAUCAUGCUCGUCUACGGGCAGCGACAAUUAUGCGAUUACCCGAUGCGACGAAUCAAAGAUAGGCGGCAAAUAAAUUGGUAUUUUAUCUUUCCCUUUAAUUUUCUCUCCUAGAGGAUCGGUCAGCUUUUCGAUAUUUUCUAAUCUGACUUGUUGACAGGAGUCGUCGGCGUUUCUUAAUUCAAUAUUUUGAAAUUUAUCGCUCUUUUCACGAGUAGUAGCGCAGAACGCUUUUACGACUGAUAAAAGUUAACGGGUCAACGCUCGGACGAGACGCGAGUCGCCAGUUAGCCGAGACUUAAACUCGCUUAGCCGAGACACGAACCGUUGGCGAGUCGGGCGAGCUUUCUUCAUUAUACCGCUCGAUGACGCCAGGCGUAGGGCGUUAAUUACUACUUUUUCCUCUUUUCUAACCGGUUUCGGAAUCGGCCUUCAUAGAUUUUUUUAGUCCAAUUAACGAUUCAACAACAAGUUAGACGAUCGUACUCUCGAAUAGAGUCCGACUCGACAUAACAGAGGUCUAUCAUUUUCAAUUUGUACGACUUUAAGACAAAUCUGAAGACACACGCAUUUCUUCUUCUCUCCCU